UUUCUCACUUUCUGGCUUUGCUCUUCACCUUGUACAAUGUCGCUUGCGUGUCUGUCCUUGAGUGCAGGAGAGGCAUCGAUGGAGGCGCUGGAGCUGGAGCUGGAAGCGGUGGAGUCCCAGAUUCGCUCGCUGGAGACGAAGCGAGAGGGCAUCAGGGCACUGCUCUUAACCCGUACUCGCUCGUCUGAGGUAAGUGUCCGAUACAACGACAAUCUCCCAGUUUCUUCAACCCCGCGUGUUUCUCUGUCCAGGCCCAGCGCACCGAGGACGCGGUGCACCCAGGCGUCGUUCACGCCGACUCCCGGCUACCACGGCCCCUGGGUGCAACCGCGUAAGGUGCUUGCCAGGUCCCGGGCAGAACGUCUCCUCCUCCGGUGUUCGAGAUCCCCACGGAGAACCGCUUCGCCCCUCUCCGCGAGACGGGUCGCGAUGUUGCCAUCAUUGGCGACUCAAUCGUCCGCCACGUCCGCUCCACUUCCUCCAAAGAUACCUACUAUCCUGAGCGCUGCCGAGAGCCUCGGUGCCGCCGUCCUCCACGUGGGGACGAACGACACCGGGCUCCGGCAGACGGAGAUCCUGAAGAAGGACUUCAGGAGCCUGAUCGAGACGGUUCGACGCGCUUCGCCCGCCACGCAGAUCAUCGUUUCUGGACCGCUUCCUACCUACCGCCGAGGCAAUGAAAGGUUCAGUAGACUUUUUGCUCUGAAUGAAUGGCUAUUAACAUGGUGUGAAGAACAGAAAUUGCUCUUUGCCAAUAACUGGAAUCUUUUCUGGGAGCGUCCUAGGCUUUUCCGCGCUGAUGGGCUGCACCCCAGUCGAGCUGGAGCUGAACUCCUGUCGGACAACAUCACCAGAAUACUUCGCUCUAUCUGACUAGCCCUCAGACUAUGCAGAGUCACUGAUUCGAUCCAAGACCAACGACGAGAUGAUCCCAAGGUUUCCAUAUCCUGGAC